CUGGACAAUAAAUUGCAGAAACUCGGUGACGCAGGGGAAGAAUUAGGGUUAAGUUUGAAGUGUCUGUUGACAGAAUAUCAUCGGAGCGACAAUGAUCUACGACGUUAACUCUCCUCUUUUCCGAUCCUUCCUAAGUCAGAAGGGAGGCUCAUCCGACAAGAGGAAAGUGGAAGAGCAGAAGCCAAAAGAACAGAGACCCAAAGCCAAUGAGAACAAACCUGUUAUGACAGAAUGAAACAGCUUCACCUGCAUUUAGAAAGAGAAUGGAAGAAUGUUUUAGGUGGUUGUAUGGAUGCCGCGGAAAAAGUUGAAAUUUCCUGGUUUUGAUCUAGAUGCAACAUAUGGUGGCGAUCUAAGGUUUUAAUGUUUUGACAUUAUGGUUUGUCUUGAAUUCGUGAACAUGUUUUUUGUGCACUGCUAGUCACCUGCGAUGAAGUCUCGUCUAGAAUUUGUUUUUAUAGCUAUGCGUACUUGUGGACUGGGGUGCAUUUGGUGUUGAACUGCAAGACUAAAAUUCUCAUUGUUGAA